UUUAAAAAUAAGUAUUACGUAUGAACAACAUUACCAUUUUUUUGAUAUAUCUAAAUUAUGUAUAUCCAAAGUACAAGAAGCAUCAUCAUAGUUUAUCAGUACAGACCAUCACAAUGGAUCAGUAGAGCAGCCAUUCAUUGACUGUUAACAGGAUGUUAGCUCUUAGAAGAUUUUUGAUCAAUAAACAAUUUGCCCGAAAUUAUGCAUCUGGAAAGAAAUUAUUAGAAAUCACAGAAGAUGAAAAGACAGGAGUUCAAAUAAUAUCAAUGGCUAAACCACCGGUUAAUACUUUAAAUCUGGAGUUAUUAGAAGAAUUAAAAACAGCUUUAGUAGCAGCCCAAAAAAGCAAUUAUAAAGGCAUUGUUUUGAGUUCAUCAUUACCAACUAUUUUUUCUGGGGGUUUAGAUAUUAUGGAAAUCUAUAAACCAGAUAUUGAGAGAUUCACUACUUUUUGGCGUACUUUACAAGACACAUGGAUGGUUUUAUACGGUUUAGAAAUGCCAACAGCUGCUGCAGUUAACGGUGCUAGCCCUGCUGGUGGAUGUUUAUUAGCCAUUUCUUGUGAAUAUAGAGCCUUUGUUGAUGGGAAACAUACUAUAGGGUUGAAUGAAGCACAAUUAGGUAUUAUACCUCCACAAUGGUUUAUAGAUCCAUAUGUUGCUAUCCUUGGUGAAAAGCGUGCUGAAAUAGCUUUGAUGAAGGGCACACUUUUUCAUCCCAAUGAAGCUUUAAAUAUUGGACUUGUAGAUGAAUUGGUUAGUGAUAAAGCAGAAGCUAUUCAAAAAUGUCUAAAGUAUAUAUCUUCUUAUGAUAACAUAACUAAAUUUGCUAGAAAUAAAAUAAAAUUAAAACUUCGUGAAAAAUCAAUUUCCUGGCUACAAAAAUAUCGAGAAAUUGAGUUAAAUGAAAUUAAGCAAUUUAUUCAAUUACCAAUCGUGCAAAAAGGACUUCAUUCAUACGUUGAGGCAUUGAAAAAAAAGAAAAAUUAAUUAUAUUUUAAGACACAGAAGUGUUUUGCUUCUUUUCUUUACUUCUUUGCUUCUAAAUAUAGGAAUAGCUGGAGUAUGUAUUUAAAAAGAAAGAAUACCAAUACUAUGCAACUUGAUUAGGGUCUUUGAAAAAGCAGUGUUAAAGAGAGAAAGAGAAGUAUGAGUUUUAUCUACUACAUGUACAGGGUGAGUCAGCUAAUGUUAAUACUUUAAAUAUUUUUGUUAUUUUUAACGAUACGUCAAAUGUCUUAAGGAAAGAAUUAAAUGGUUCAAUAGAGCUCACACGAUGCUUAAAAUAUUUUUGUUUUUAUGUUAUAUUUUUUAUAAUAUAAUUACCAUUUUUU